AUGGAUUUAACUGUCAUGUGCCGUUUCAAGGCUUCUGCUAUCGCCUUCACGCACCGAGAUUUCGACCUGGCACAGUUGAGAUUGUUCCUUUUGCUUUUGUUCGCCGUUGAAAUCAAACCGAUAGUCUACGAGGACAAAUACGAGGCGAACUUGGCCCAGCUACCACUCGACAAACUGCUUCACGUCAAGAACUCAAUCGACUCAGACGACGUCAUAAAGUCCCUUGGGGAUUUAGAUAUUGAAUCUGAAAACGACGAGAAGGUGAAUCAAGAACCGGAAUUUCUCAAUGCUGCAUUACCGCUUAAGGGGGAUUGGUUCAAAACUAAGAGCAAAAAGGAAAAAGACAACGCUUUAAGAAGAGACGGAUGGUAUGAAAAAGAAGGAAAGAAAGGCAAUAUAGCAUCCAUUUUUCAAUCGACGAUCACGAUUCUUUCGUUUCUGGCUUUCGGCGGCUACCUUCUCUGUAUGAUUUGCAUGGCGAUCCGCAACAACCAGGGGGUUAUGGUUCCAACGACGGCCGCUCCGUCGGCGAAUAUCGUCCUGACCGGCAGAAAGAGGAGGGCCAUCGACGAUUCGCCGGUGAUGCAGGAUAUUUUCUACUCGCUCACCAAGUUGGCAGAAGGCUACGCCAAAUAUCAAGAGGGAAGACGGAAAUAG